AUGGUGAAAGACACCAAAUUCUACACCACUCUGGGUGUGAGCCCAAAUGCGACAGAGCAAGAGAUGAAGUCGGCGUACAAGAAGGGCGCCUUGAGGUACCACCCAGACAAGAACAAGGAUAACCCAGAUGCUGCCGAGAAAUUCAAAGAGCUAUCCCACGCUUACGAGAUUCUUUCAGACCCACAGAAGCGCGAAAUAUACGAUCAAUAUGGUGAAGAAGGGUUAGAAGGAGGCGCCGGUGGUCCCGGCGGUGGUAUGGCUGCUGAAGACCUCUUCGCACACUUCUUUGGUGGCGGCGGUGGAGGUGGUGGCCCCUUCGGAAACAUGUUCGGAGGCGGGAUGCGUGAACAAGGGCCUAAAAAGGCACGUACGAUUGCGCACGUUCAUAAGGUCUCCCUUGAGGACGUCUACAAAGGGAAAGUCUCGAAACUUGCGCUUCAGAAGUCAGUCAUUUGCCCUAAAUGCGACGGUCGUGGUGGAAAGGAGGGAGCCGUCAAGAAAUGUGCGGGUUGUGAUGGCCGUGGUAUGAAGACCAUGAUGCGCCAGAUGGGUCCCAUGGUUCAACGAUUUCAGACCGUCUGCAAUGACUGCCAAGGUGAAGGUGAAACGAUGCGUGACCGUGACCGAUGCAAGCAAUGCAACGGGAAGAAGACGAUCAUUGAAAGAAAGGUUCUUCACGUGCACGUUGAUAAGGGUGUCCGCAGUGGAACGAAGAUUGAGUUCCGCGGCGAAGGAGAUCAGAUGCCCGGCGUCGAACCUGGCGACGUCGUUUUCGAGAUUGAGCAAAAGCCCCACUCAAGAUUCCAAAGGAAAGAGGACGACCUUUUCUAUCAUGCCGAGGUAGACCUUCUUACUGCUUUGGCAGGUGGGUACAUUCACAUCGAACACCUCGACGAGCGAUGGUUAACGGUCGAAAUCAUCCCUGGCGAGAUCAUAUCACCUGGUAAGCUGAAAUGUAUUCCAGGCCAGGGCAUGCCGUCCUACAGACACCAUGACUUUGGCAACCUUUAUAUCCAAUUCGAUGUUCGAUUCCCUGAGCGUCUAGGUGGUCCUGAUGGCGCGCCGUUGUCAAGCGAACAGAUUGCAGCUUUGGAGAGCGUCUUGCCCCCGAGGAAGUCAGAUAACAAGCCUCCAGCCGAUGCGAUGACAGAGGAUUUCACUUUGGAAGAUGUGGAUCCGACCCGUGAGGAUUCUCGUUCACGUGGUAUGACCGACGAAGAUGAUGAUGAUAUGCAUGGUGGAGGCGAACGCGUACAGUGCGCGUCACAGUAGAUUCACGAUUUCUAUUCAUGGCUGAAUGAGGUGACGAAUCGAACGUUUCCCUAGACAAGCUCGACAAAACACGCGAUAUGUGCUUAAGGAUGACCAUAUGAGCGACAAGACGGCAAAAGGCUCCAAGAAUCUCGGAAUUUCUGUUCUUGCUACAUUCCGCGUGCGAUAGACGGGGCAUCUUCCUUUCGGGGUCAUACCAUUCCCUUCCUCUACUUUUGUGUAUCCGCUUGUUGUAGGCCUAGCAUUUCUUAUUCAUCCGGGCUGCUACGAUUUCCUCAACCUUCGGCGUUCGACGUUGCUGCAUGGUUAAAACAUGGCUGGGCAGUGCUGGAGCUCUAUAGUAUCUUUAGAGACACGUCCCUUUGUGAGGCGCUGUCUGCGCGCUGCUUAUCAAAUAUAGACUACUUGUGCUAAUACCUCAUCGCUUCUACCAUGGGCUGACGCUAUGUAUAUGUGACUCAGAUUCGACCC